GAGCUCUGGCAUAUGCCGAACUUGGCACAAUGAAUACCUCAUCUGGUGCGGAAUGGGCCUACUUUAUGGACGCCUAUGGACCGGCACCGGCUUUUUUAUUCUCAUGGGUAUCGACAUUGGUGUUGAAGCCAUCUCAAAUGGCAAUAAUAUGCUUAUCAUUCGCACAAUAUGCUGUUGAGGCUUUUGUGACAGAAUGUGAUCCGCCUAGAGGGGUUGUAAAGAUGGUUGCACUGGUGGCAAUUGUGAUGAUAUUGUUCGUGAAUUGCUACAGCGUCAAUUUGGGAAUGGCCGUGCAGAACGUAUUUACAGCGGCUAAAUUAGUUGCCGUUGUCAUUGUAAUAUGCGGUGGUGCAUGGAAGUUACUACAGGGCAACACCCAGCAUUUGUCACAUGCAUUUGAUGGGCCAAUGCCAAAUAUUGGCGCAAUCGCAACCGCAUUUUACACUGGCCUUUGGGCAUACGAUGGUUGGAACAACCUCAACUAUGUCACCGAGGAGAUAAAGAAUCCAAGCAAAAACUUGCCGCGAUCUAUCAUGAUUGGCAUACCACUGGUUACUUUGUGUUACGCGCUGAUCAACAUAUCCUACCUAGCAGCCAUGUCAGCGCAAGAAAUGAUCGAAUCUGAGGCGGUCGCUGUCACCUUUGGCAACCGUAUUUUAGGCGCCCUUGCCUGGCUAAUGCCACUUAGUGUCACUGUUAGCACGUUUGGUAGUGCUAAUGGUACACUUUUUGCCGCAGGACGUCUUUGCUUUGCAGCCAGUCGAGAGGGACAUCUACUAGACAUUUUAUCAUACGUACAUGUACGACGCUUAACUCCUGCUCCUGGUCUUAUAUUCCACUCGCUAAUUGCGUCAGCCAUGGUGCUGCAUGGCACGAUUGAUUCGCUGAUUGACUUCUUCAGCUUCACAGCAUGGAUAUUUUAUGGCGGCGCUAUGUUGGCACUUAUAGUGAUGCGUUACACCAAACCUAAUCAUCCACGGCCAUACAAAGUGCCCAUUGUCAUUCCUGUUGUGGUCUUGAUUAUAUCUGUCUACCUUGUUGCAGCGCCAAUUUUCCAGACUCCUCGCAUAGAAUAUUUAUAUGCGUUGCUCUUCAUCUUCGCGGGUCUAAUAUUUUACGUACCUUUCGUUAAACUAGGAAUGACCCCGCGCUUUAUGAAUAAGGUGACGCUGUUUUUUCAGCUACUACUGGAAGUUGUACCAACCUCAUCAAUGGCCAUGUUUGAGUAACUCUCUCCCAUUUGCUUAAUAUGCAAACAAGUGCUUUGGAUGCAGGCAAAAACAGAAUAUUUAUUAUACAAAAAGCAAAGCAAACAUUCACAGAUACCUAACUUAAAUUUGCAAAAUUAAUGUUUAUGUAUAUGUAGUCGUUGAUUGACAACUUUCCAAUUAGUUGGCGGAUAUAAUUAAACAGUCUCUAUUUUGUGCCACAUACAUUAUUCAUUAUGUACAUGUACCUGCACGUACUUAGAAACGUUUUUGUCAGUAUACAAGGCCCAUGGCAAGUGUAAUCAUAUCUUGUAAUAAAAAGUAAUGAAUAAUAACUAGAAAAAGGCACAAAAAAUGAUAAAUUUUUGCAUUUUUAUAAACAAAA